CACAGUCCCUAGUCUCCGCCUCCUGGUGCCCUUCUUCCUGGUCCAUGUUUUGUCCACGUCUCCCUGUCUCCACAUUAGACAACACUACGCGGUGUCCACGCGCACCCACGAUGGUUCCAGUCUCGCGCGGCAUUUUUCUCAUGUCACUCCUAACUUUUCCAGUCCUCAGGUCCAGCCGGUUCGUUCCCGUCCAUCCUCUGACGGUAAGACAAGGGUGUUGAUCCAACGCUCCCAGGUGUUGCAAGGUCUCUGCUAUUGUUGAAGCCAUGUCACAGGUCUCUGACGUCGACGACACGUUGUCCCUCCCGGGUACGUCGGUCUCCAGCCAAGGCGGCCCAGUUGCCCUCCGAAGAUGGACUGUGCCGAGGCUCGUUGCGGAAUUGGCCAAGAGAGGCAUCAGACACCCAGCGUCAGCCAGGAAGGCCGAGUUAUACCGCCUAUUGAUGACCGAGCCCAGCGCUCCUGAAAGGGAAGAUCCACCCCCAGCCAUCCAGCAGUCCCUGGUGCUGUUGCAGGCCUCCUUGGAUUCGCUCAUCUCGUCCGUUGCCGACAUCAGGACCAGGGUGGUGGACUUGGAGUCCAGAACACCGGCGUCUUCCCAGGCGGUGGUCCCCGUCUCCGAUCCCCCUCUAUUUCAGCUUCCGGCUCCAGGUACGUCCCCGGCUGCUCCGGUGGUGGCUCCUGCGCACUUGGUACCGGACCACAUCAGGAGGGACAUCUUGGCGGGCAAGGACGUGAAUCUCGCGUCCAUCCUGAUUGCGUCCCACGAUGCCGCAGACAACAAGACUUUUGACUGCGGGGAGGUCUCGGUGGUCCUUCGGGCCAAGGAUGGACGUCUCAACCGCAAGCUCUCUGUCGUCGAGUUUGUUUUGGCCUUCGGCCUGUUUAGAGACGUGCUCUGCUCCGCUUUCCCGGCCCGCCGGGAGGAGCUGGACACGUAUCUACACAGGGUCACUGGACUUGGGCACAAGUACGGCGGCACGGCUUUUUAUGACUACCACCGCUCCUUCUCAGCCAAGGCCGCCGCCGCGCUUGCCCAGUUCCAGUUCUCCGUCAACUGGGCCAUGCUGGACAUGGAGUUGUUCUGCCAGCAUUUCGCCGGCCUCCGGGCCCCCGCUUGUUCGACCUGCCAGUCGAUUUUCCACUCUACUGAGUGGUGUCCUCAAACGGCCACGGCCCAACCAGACAAGGCUAUUCCAGGCCCCUCUGGGGUCCCCCGCAGUCCCUCCACCACCGAUAAGUUGGGUAGACCCAUUGUCUACCUUGGCAACAGCCAAGUUUGCAAUAACUUCAACUUUGGUUCCUGUCUAUUUAGCGGUUGCAGGGCCCUGCACAUCUGCUCCAUCUGCUUCAGGGCUCACCCCAGGUCCACAUGUCCCAAGAAGGCUUACAAGCGCCUAUGACUAGCCGACUGCGACAUCGACCUCCUGGCUCUCCUGUUACGGGACCAUCCGGUGCCAGGGUUCGUGGACUUCCUGAUCACUGGCCUCUGCUCCGGGUUUGACACAGGGUUGGUGGCACUACCCCAUUCCAACUGGGAGUGCGGCAAUCUGCAGUCAGCCAGGUCAGAUCCCACCGCUGUACAGGAACUCCUGAAUUCUGAGGUGAAGAAAGGGUUCCUCCUGGGCCCCUUCAACCAGGUUCCUUUCUCUCGCUGGCGGAUCAGUCCCAUAGGCAUCGUGUCCAAAAAAGAUUCGAAUAAAAAACGUUUGAUUUACGAUCUCUCCGCCCCCCAUGAUUCCGUCAUCCCCAGCAUCAAUUCGCUCAUCCCUUCUGAAGAAUUUUCCAUGACCUAUGCGUCCAUAGACGAAGCCAUUGCCCUCAUCCUUAGCGCCGGGAAAGGCGCCUGGUUGUCUAAAACUGACAUAGCGGACGCCUUCAAACUGCUGCCCAUUGCCCCUCACCUUUGGCAGUUCUAUGGCAUCAGGUGGGAGGGCAGGUUCUAUUUUGCCAACAGGUUGACC